UGUUCUGCUAACAAUGACAGGCGCGCAUGGCAGCUUGUUAGUAUCAAUCAGCAGUCGGCCUUAUUUUAUCUUCUUCGUUAGUAAUAAAUACGUUCCCUCAACACGAACUUUUCAUUGUCCAAAAUGAAGUUGUUAACGACGCUUGUUCUGAGUGCACUGUUAGGAGUUGGGUUUUGUAGAAGAUUUCCACCCGGGUUCAAAUUUGGUGCAGCCACAGCUGCUUACCAGGUCGAGGGCGCCUGGAACGUCAGCGACAAAUCCGCAAGUAUCUGGGACACGUUCGUGCACACUAGACCAGAGAUUAUAGCAGAUAGAUCCAACGGGGACGUCGCCUGUGACAGCUACAACCAAUGGAUGAAAGACGUGGAAAUAGCUUCGGAGUUGGGAUUAGAUUUCUACAGAUUUUCUCUCUCCUGGCCAAGAAUUUUGCCCAAUGGUUUUGCAAAUAAGAUAAGUGAAGAAGGAGUAAAAUUUUACUCAAAUCUCAUCGAUGCUUUAUUGGAGAGAGGAAUUGAGCCUGUCGUAACAAUAUAUCACUGGGAUCUGCCACAAAAUUUACAAGAUCUUGGCGGCUGGACCAAUCCUUUGAUAUCGGAUUGGUUUGCGGACUACGCUCGUGUAGUGUUCAGUCUAUACGCUGACCGGGUCAAGACUUGGAUCACUCUUAAUGAACCCAUGACGUUUUGCGAAGUUUCUUACAAUUUUGGAAUUCACGCUCCUGGAAUAGUUAGCAGAGGAAUUGGCAAUUAUAUAUGCAACAAGAACACAAUGUUGGCACACGCUAAAGCCUGGCGGAUAUACGACAAGGAGUUUAGACCAAAAUACACAGGCAAGGUGUCCCUCACCAAUCAAAUCAUGUGGUUUGAAGGAGCUGAAGAAAAUGACGGAGAAGCGGCUGAACUGGCUCUACAGUUAAUGGGAGGAAUGUACUCACACCCAAUUUUCUCUAAAAAAGGCGGUUGGCCUAAGAAAGUAGAAAAUCUAAUAGCAGUAAAGAGUAAAAAAGAGGGUUACCCACAAUCCAGAUUGCCAGAAUUUACAAAGGAAGAAAAAGAAUUAAUAAAAGGAACAUAUGACUUCUUCGGCUUGAACUACUAUACGUCACGAAUUGCUCGCCGUGCCCGAGGAGAAGUUGUUGGUCCUUGGCCUCUCAAAGGUGGACCAGACAUUGAUGUAAUAACAUCAGUGCGUCCAGAAUGGCCGCAGGGAGGCACCAGCUGGUUCUAUGUACACCCGCAAGGUUUACGGAAACUAAUUUCUUGGGUGAAAGAACAGUAUGGGGACAUAGAAAUCUUCAUAGCAGAGAACGGCUUUGCCACCCAUGGCCAGGAUUUAGACGAUCAAGUCCGCGUGGAUUACUAUAAGAGCCAUUUAGAACAGGUUCACCUCGCAAUUGAAGAAGAUAAGGCCAAUGUCGUAGCAUACACAGCUUGGACGAUGAUAGACAACUUUGAAUGGAGCGAUGGCUAUCGUUCCAAAUUCGGUUUAUACGAGGUGGACUUUAACGACCCAGCCCGCGCCCGGCGCCCGAGAGCCUCCGCACACUUCUACAAAGAGAUUGUGAAAGCGAAAUCAUUAGAUGUAGAUAGUCAUGUAUUAAAUGAUGAAUUAUAGUAAAAAUAUACUACGUUAUGUGAUUUGACAAUAUUGACUGACGAAGAUAUAAAAAAGAGGAUUAUAUAUAUUUAUAAUUUGUAUAUCCCAGUUGAAAAACUUCUUGUUUGGAAACUUGGUGAUAAAAUAUAUAAAAGACUCUCUUUAGUUGAAUAUGAAAUGUCACGAAUACGUUAGUCAAGCAUCGAGAGGCUCGUAAAGGUUAUUUAAUGUUCAUAGAAAAAAAGAACAUUUUUCGAAACAGAGAUUCAUAAUAAUAUUCAGCUCAACGCGUCCGAUGCGUAGUUUAAUAUUGAAAUAAUGCAAUCCAAAUCUGUAUGUCAUAUUUAAGAAGAAUGAUGUAACAUUUUUAAGACAAUGUCUUUCAAUUAUGUCUCCAGCUUUUAUAAAAUUAGUUUUAAUAAUGAAUUAAGAUGUAGUGUUUUUAAAUUUAGGUUCCGU